AUGUCUGCUGGGUUGGUGGAACUUCUGAACAGGAGCCCACAGAAUCUUCUGGUUCCUAGCGAUGACCUGAAGGCAGCUGCUUUUAAAGCUGUGAAGGAAUCGCUAGAUCCUAUUGCUAGUGAUUAUUCGAUUUUUGACCAACUCCAUACUGAAGGUUUGGAUGCUGAACAAAUCUGGGCUCAGGCUAGAAUGGUAGUAGAUGGAGCUAUUGAGAAGCUUCUAGGAGAUGUUAUGUCAAGAAAGAGAAAACGUGAAGACGAUGGAAUGAGUGAUGAGGAACUGGAUAGCGAACUUGAUGAAGAUAUUGAGCAGUCCGGAGAUGAAGAGAGUGACGAGGGGUUCGCUGAUAUUCGUGAGCGUCAAGAUUUAGAAGACGACGAAGAUAGUGAUUUGGACGUAAAAGAAUUGGAUGGAUAUGAAGAAGUCGAUGAAGAUGAAGAAGAAGAGGAAGACGACGACGAACAAACACUUGUCGGUGAAGACGGCUUUAGUGGUGACGAAGAUGGCAGUGAGGAGGAAAAUGAAGAGGAUAAGGAUGAGAAUGUUCUCUCCAAACCUAAAUCAGAACUGGAUGAGGGUCUUUUCAGAUUAGCUGACUUCCAGCAACAGAUUUUGGCACUUGAAAAAGACGACCAGGAAGAUGAGGAGGAGGACAUCAACUACUUUGCUGAUGCCAAAGAUCAAGAUUCUGAAUCCGAUGCUGAUAUGCAGUAUGAUGAUUUUUUUGCCCCUGCUCCUAAGAUCUUGACUGGAAGCGCAGAUCAGGAAGAGGAUGAGGAAGACGAAGAGUCUGACUAUGACGAAGACGAGGAGUUUACGGGUUUGGACACAGAAGCUGGAUCAAAAGAUAUCGAUAGUGCCAUGAAGAAUGCCAGACGUGAGUUGUUUGCUGAUGAUGAUGAAGAGGAAGAAGAAGGGGGUCCUUCUACAGAAAAGUUAUCUACAUUUGAAAAGCAACAAUUGGAAAUAAUGAAGCAAAUCAAACAAUUGGAAGAAGAGAACGUUGCCGAGAAGUCUUGGGCAGUUCGUGGUGAAGUCAAGGCAAAAGAUAGGCCAUUGGAUUCUCUGAUUGAAACUGAUUUAGAUUUCGAGCGAAAUGCGAAACCCGUCCCAGUUAUAACUCAAGAAGUCACUGAGAGUCUAGAAGACAUGAUCCGACGACGGAUCAAGAAUGAGCAGUUUGAUGAUAUCCCUCGUAGGUUACCCGAUACGCUACCGGAGUUCCAAAAAGCAAAACUUGUUGAAGUUCAAGAAACUAAAUCUCAAAAGUCACUUGCUGAAUUAUAUGAGGACGAUUAUGUCAAAGAACACAACCCUGAUAGUUAUAAAGAUGCUGAGUCAGAGCAAUUAAAAGGAGCACACAAGGAGAUUGAGGAUAUGUAUACAUCUCUGUCACGGAAACUUGAUGCAUUAUGUUCCUGGAACUACACUCCCAAAGCUCCCAAGGCUGCUAUUUCAAUUGUAAGCAAUGUUGCUGCCAUUUCUAUGGAAGAGGCUCAACCCCUCGCAAUGGCAACUGAAUCCAUGCUUGCUCCUCAAGAAGUAUACCAACCUGGAGCCACUUCCAAACGAGAGGUUGUUGGUGCCAAUGGACUCCCAGUCGCUAAAGCUGAAAUGUCCAGAGAAGAGAGAAAACGUGAGAAGAGACAUCAAAAGGCCAAGCGUGCCAAGCAUUUCAAAGAAAAGGAGGCCAAAGAGAAUUCAAAAGCUCAAAAAGAAGGUUCUAAGUCUAAUAUCAUGGAUACUCUUAAGAAAGGAAAUGUUACAGUUAUUGGUAAGAAGGGCGAGAAACGCGAUCUUAGCGGUAAACUUGUAAAGGAGAAGGGUAAAGUGGAGAGUGCUAAUUUGAAAUUAUAA